CGGCAAGAGUGUAUAUCUCCAAAGCACGCUGCGUUCACUUGAGAGCCACAAACAAUCAAUACAUACACUCUGGGCCUGGAGAUGGCCAAGAAGAAAACAAAACCCCCCAUCAUGAGGCCAACACAUAGUCCGUACACGAGUCGUCCUGUCGCACUACGAUUUGGUCUAGAUUCCGUGUCGUACUGGAUUCCUGAGGCUUUUCUUCACUCCCUGAACGACAUUCAUUGCCCUGAAUUCGACGAUGACACGAUCCACCUCACCGAGGUCGACGCAAAAAUAGGACAUGUCAUCACACACUACUUGUAUACUGGUGCAUAUCAGACACUUGCAGAUGACGACGCCGCGUCCGACACGCUUGGUACGAAGAACGAAGUGAGGAAAUCGAUUCUCUCGUUUCUUGCGGCCAAGAAGCUGGGGCUAGUCGCGUUACAACGAUUGGAAAAGGCAGAGAUUGUGCGAUGGUGCGAAAAAAUGGAUCUCAUCGAGUCUACACAGGCUAUCAGUGAAGACUAUCUGUCGAGACUGGAAAAUGAUGCUGUCUGGCUCCAAGAUCUCGUGCUGCACAAAGUCGACGCUGCUCUGAAAGACAGUGAUGAUAUCUUCUCAACCACCGACUUUUUCAUGGGGAUCGAAAGCGCUACAUUGGCGAAGCUUCUAGCUCAGCGAAUAGUCAACGUCUACCACGGCCGUGUCUUGGAGCUACGUGCAGCGAUUCCCGCCCCUCGCGGCGAGUCCCUUGUGGAAACUGAAGCCAGUGUUGAUACAAUUGACGGAGCGCAGCCCGCGCCGUCAGAAUGGCAUGCUCCGAAAUCUUCCCCUCCGGCAGUGGUAGAAGAGAUCGUAGAGGUUGUUCCAGAGGCAAGUCUUGAUACUUGGGGCAGCCACGGUUGGGGAUUGGGCAAGAAAAAGAAGAAGAGUAAAAAGCAAUUGCAAGCUGUGCUAGAAACAGCUCCCGCACACACAGAGGAGAUGGAGCCAGUGACGGUUUGCUUACCAGAGCAAGGGCUAGAGAUACCACCCUUAGAAGUACUGCCAGUAGAAGAACUGCCAGUAGAAGAACUGCCAGUAGAAGAACUGCCAGUAGAAGAGCCGGCAGUAGAAGAACUGUCAGCGGAAGUCUGGCCAGUAGAGGAACCGCCAGUGGAAGUCUGGCCAGUAGAGGAACCGCCAGUGGAAGCACCAUCAGUGGAAGAACCGUUAAUAGUAGAGCCACCAGCUACCCAAUCACCACAAACAAAAGAGACAAGCGAUUCAUGGGGUUUUGGCUGGGCUGGAAUGUCAGCCACUUCGACCAAAAAGAAAAAGAAGAAGAAAAGAGGUGUUGAAGAAGCCCCACCUCCCGCACCUCCCGCACCUCCAGAGUCAGAUACGAUUGUGGGAUCGGAUCUCAUAGAGUCAGAGUUAAAGCCAGUCGUCACUGAUUCAAAUGCGGUCGAUGCUACCCGUGCGCCUGAUGAACAAUUCAUUGAUAGCUGCGCCUACCGUCAGACGCAUCUAUCUCACGGCGGAUGGAAGAAUUGUGAGCCAUGCAAGCUCUACAUUCAAACAAUCGCUGUUCAGUCGCUAAAGGCGUAAUUGUACUGCGCGAAGAGAUACCAUACGAUUGGGUAGCUGGCAAGCAUGGCUCUGACGGAGCGUAUCGUUGAGAUAUACUGCUUUCUAGGGGAAAAUGUAAUUUCAGUUAGUGAGCAUCUCGGCUUCUAAAGCCACGUUUUUG